AUAAAUUUAUAUUUCCCUCUUUCUGAAGCUUUCGCCAUUUUUCAGCAACUAAAAAAUGGAAGCAACCAAAAAAGAAAGAGCACGACUUUUCCUGUGGAACCAUUACCGAACCAACUGAGAAGAAAGAGAGAAAAGACCUACAUGAAAAGCCCAACUUACUUUCAAAUGCAACCUGAAUCUUAUUUUGUGGAAGCCCAAUUUGGAGGACUUCAUCAAAGAUAGCGUUGCCCUAAAAACAAGGAGCGAGGAAUCCUACCGUGGCGCGGUACGGCCCAAAUAAUAGCCAUAAAUAGCCCAGAAACUGUGGAAGCAUCAGUAAAUGCAGACUACAGUUAUCUCCGACCCCAAAUUCGGUGUUUGUUUGUUUCAGAAAUUAACGAUGGCCGCUGAGUCGCAGUCUCCAAGUUUUGCGCGGAAAGUCGUUGUUCAUCUCAGAGCCACUGGCGAUGCCCCUAUACUCAAACAAGCCAAAUUUAAGAUACUUGGAACUGAAAAGUUUGCAAAAGUGAUUGACUUUCUUCAGAGGCAGCUUCAUCGGGAAACAUUGUUUGUUUAUGUCAACAGUUCGUUCUCACCAAACCCAGAUGAAUUGGUAAUCGAUCUGUAUAAUAAUUUUGGAACUUUUGAUGGUAAACUGGUGGUCAAUUAUGCUUGUUCCAUGGCAUGGGGUUAACUCAUGCUGAUGGGUCUGCUGUUGUAAAAUUGUUCAUAUGGUGAAUAUAUUUGCGGAAUGCACUCAAUGUCACUGCCUCUUAUUUCUCCUUCA